UUCCAAGAGGCCAAAAUCCACGGCAAGCCUUGAUGAAUCUCACCACAGACAAGCAUAAAAUAUCGUCCUUAUUGCUCCCACCCGGAAGUAUCUUCGUCUUCCCUAACCAAGCCAAGGACGUUUCUGCAACGGACGCAGCAUUCUGAUCUCUCUCUGUGCGUACGAAAUGGCUGACAAGCUAGCUCUUCCUCUUAUCCUGCCGAGCCCUCCAUCUCCAAAACCCAUCUUCCCUAACCACAUCAGCUAUCAUCCCCAACCCUCACCUUCACCACCACCACCACCACCCGCCCCACUUCUUCAGGACGUCCUCCACCAGAACUUCUGCUCUUCAGAGUCUCUGGACCGGCUCACUCAGUCCCUGUCCCAGUCCCAAUCCCAGAACCGAGCUCCAGCUCCAAACUUCAGAGAGCGGACCCGGAUAGGCAGGUCCCAUGAUGCCAACCGCGGAAAACCGUGGACCCACCACCGCCUCUCCCCUCAAGGUCAGGCCUUUAUCCAGAAACUCAUCGACCCAUCAUUCGACGCGGCUCAAAUGGACGCCUCUUUGGUCCAGUUGAUUGAAUUGUACGAUAAAGAUGGUGUCUUUAGUCUUGAGUUUUUGUCUUUGGAGCUUCUUGGUAUUGUUAAGGGUUUAGGGUAUAACAAGAAAGGUGACUUGGCGUUGAGUGUGGUUGACUGGGUCAGGAGUCGGGAAGGCUAUGCUCUGGCUUUGACUGGCUCCGUCAUUGCUGUGGUUGUCAAUAUCCUUGGGAAAGAAGGCAAAGUUACUGCUGCUGAUGCUUUGUUGCACAGUCUUCGCAAGGACGAAUUUGAAAUCGAUGUUUAUGCUUAUACCGCGUUGAUAACUGCAUUUGCUAGCAACGGGAGGUACAGAGAUGCAGUGAUGGUUAUUAAGAAAAUGGAGGAAGAGGGCUGUGAGCCCACUCUGAUUACGUAUAAUGUGGUUCUGAAUGUGUAUGGGAAAAUGGGAAUGCCAUGGAACAAGAUUAUUGGUUUGAUCGAGGGGAUGAAAAGUUCUGGGAUUGCCCCGGAUUUGUAUACUUAUAACACUCUCAUUAGUUGUUGCCGCCGUGGGUCUUUGUAUGAAGAAGCUGCUGGCUUUUUUAAGGAGAUGAAAUUGGCGGGGUUUAAUCCUGAUAAGGUUACAUACAAUGCAUUACUAGACGUUUAUGGGAAAUCUCGGCGGCAUAAAGAAGCUGUGCAGGUUUUAAAAGAGAUGGAGCUCGAUGGUUUUUUGCCUACUAUCGUGACUUAUAACUCUUUGAUAUGCGCUUAUGCUAGAGAUGGUCUAUUGGAUGAGGCUAUGGAGCUCAAGAAUCAGAUGAUUGAAAGGGGCAUAAAACCUGAUGUUUUUACCUACACUACUCUCUUGUCAGGAUAUGAGAAAACCGGGAAGGAUGAUUUUGCUGCGAGGGUUUUUGAUGAGAUGAGAGAUGCAGGAUGCAAACCAAAUAUUUGCACUUUCAAUGCUCUUAUUAAGAUGCAUGGCAACCGGGGGAAGUUUGCGGAAAUGAUGAAGGUCUUUGAAGAGAUAAAAAUAUGUCAAUGCAAACCAGAUAUUGUCACGUGGAAUACAAUUCUUGCAGUGUUUGGGCAAAAUGGGAUGGACACUGAAGUUUCUGGAGUUUUUAAGGAAAUGAAGAGGGCAGGAUUUGUACCUGAAAGAGACACUUUCAACACCUUAAUUAGUUCUUAUAGCCGGUGUGGAUCUUUUGAUCAAGCCAUGGCUGUUUACAAGAGAAUGCUUGAAGCAGGUGUCAAUCCAGAUCUUUCCACCUAUAAUGCUGUUUUGGCUGCAUUGGCUCGAGGAGGUCUCUGGGAACAGUCUGAGAGGGUCCUUGGAGAGAUGAGGAGCGGUCGUUGUAAACCCAAUGAGCUAACUUACUGUUCUUUGCUUCAUGCUUAUGCUAAUGGAAAGCAAAUUGAGCGAAUGUGCAUUCUUGCAGAAGAAAUUUUCUCUGGUGCAAUUGAACCUCGUGCAGUCCUUCUUAAGACCCUCGUAUUAGUUAAUAGUAAAUGUGAUCUUAUAGUGGAAACAGAACGUGCAUUCUUGGAGCUUAAGAAAAGAGGGUUUUCACCAGACAUACCUACUCUAAAUGCAAUGGUCUCCAUAUAUGGCAGGAGGCAGAUGGUUGCAAAGACAAAGGAGAUCUUGAACUAUAUGGAGGAAAGUGGCUUUACCCCUACCUUGACUACUUACAAUAGCUUGAUGUACAUGUAUAGCCGCUCACAAAAUUUUGAAAAAGCAGAGGAACUCUUAAGGGAAAUUUUGGCGAAGGGAAUGAAGCCUGAUAUUAUUUCCUUCAACACAAUUAUUUUUGCCUACUGUAGAAAUGGUCGUAUGAGAGAAGCUUCGCGAAUAUUUUCUGAGUUGAAGGAUUUUGGGCUUGAUCCAGAUGUAAUCACUUACAACACCUUCAUUGCAAGCUAUGCAGCUGACUCAAUGUUUGUAGAGGCUAUUGAUGCAGUUCAUUACAUGAUCAAGCAUGACUGUCGACCGAAUCAAAACACGUACAACUCAAUCAUAGAUGGGUACUGCAAGCUCAAUAGGAGAGAGGAGGCCGGCAUGUUCAUUACUAACCUACGUACUCUUGAUCGCCACAUCUCUAAAGAUGAGGAACAGAGGUUAUUGGAACGAAUUACAAAGAAAUGGUUGUAAUAAGGAUGAACCCCUUCUCCGAUGCUGCUUGAACUUCAGGACUUAUUUGGAGCCAUAAGUUCGCGGAAGUGUUAUAUGUCUUCUUGACACUUGCGAUGUGAGGAUUUAAGAUGCUGCUGUGUAUAGUUGGUGUUGCGCUCUAGAGUCCCUGGAAAAAAGGAAUGCGGCCUGAAUUUACUAAGGCAUCAUGCUUAGAGUUGAGACACUCCUUGGACACUCUGAAGGUAGCAAGCUUUGAGGGAGAAGCUCAGUGACACUUCUGUCUCAAGUUUGGCGUUCUUGGACAAGCUAUGCUGGGACUCUAAGGAUGAAGUUCAGUGUGGAUGGAUGAGAAGAUCCGUCAAAGAAGACGAUACAAUUGAUUGUAGUGUAACUUUAUUUAGGUGAGAAAAAAACGAAUAAAUUGCUUCCAACUGCUGCUUCCAUCAGCUUAAGAUCCCAUUCAUAGUAUCAGCCAAGGCCGAAGUGAUUCGACAUAGCAUUGCUAAAUAGUGAACAUUUAUACAGUCAUUUGAAUACUUAGUAUGACAGAAUAUGAAGUUGGUAUAAAAAUUAUAUGUCAAUUAUGUAA